CGAGCGUUAGGAACAAGUCUCACUAGUCGGAUUUUCAGUCAGUGAGUGAGGCACAUCGAGAGAAACCAAGCAGGACAGACGAGAAAUGAACUAUCUAAUGACUUGCUACAUCCGAGCACAUUCUCAAAUACCCUGCAUUCGAGACCCAUGAAUAAGGAUUGCAUUAUUUUUUUCCCCCAACCUUGGCAAAUCUGGCAAUAAUUCUGUCUGCCUUGACACAUUUGUGUAGAUUUGAUAUGCUUGCUUGCUUGCUUUUAAUUUGCAUUCAUUGGUUUCGUUUCACUCUUGAUUUUUGUUAAUUAUCUGGAAUGUGAGUUGCACGUCUCAGCCUUUCAUUGCAUCGAAAUCAAAUUGUGUAUGUGGAAUUACUAGGAAGCACGAAGAAAGAAACAGCAGGAAACUGCAGGAGAUAAAGAAGAGACAUAUCUCCAGCAUCAACAUGUUCUUCUGAAGAUGGGACUGUGCGAGGCGAGGAAAAGCUCACCUAUUUCAAACCAUCAUCCAUCUACCAUCGUGCUGUGAUGAUCACAUUCCCUUCUUAAUCCGUCAAUUGGAAAACCAAUAUAGAGUGGGAGUGAAAAGGAAACGGGAAAACUCCAGCCUAAAAGCCGUGAAGAAAGCAACACGAAUUUAUUGGGAAAGUAAACUCUUGCAGGAACAAAACGACACUGCAAAUUGAUUUUGGAGCUGAGUUUAAUCCACGAAUAUCCAUGCAGGCUCCCAAAACACGUUGUCUCCACACUCAUUGACGGAUUCACCUAUAUAGUCCACUGGGCUGAAGCACAGUCCAGAGCUCCUCCAACCUCUGGGAGAAGAUCCCACAGAUCUUUGAUGAGAGUAAAUAGAUUUGAAAUGGCGAGUUGGCGCUGUGGAAAUGGAUUGGGAAUUCUGCUGAUGUUCUUAGUGGAUUUACUCGGGAUCACGGCGACCAACAUGGAGCCCAUCUACUGGAAUUCCUUGAACAAAAGGUUUAGUGAUGACAAGGGUUAUGUCCUGUACCCUCAGAUCGGGGAUCGCUUGGAUCUCAUUUGUCCAGCAUCAGAACCCCCCGGCCCCCGGGCUCCCGCCGAGUAUGAGUACUAUAAACUGUACCUGGUGUCUUCACGGGAACAGGCAGACAGGUGUGAAGUGACCGGAGCCCCCAAUCUGCUGCUCACCUGCGAUAAACCCAACAAUGACAUGCGUUUCACCAUCAAGUUUCAGGAGUACUCGCCAAACCUGUGGGGCCAUGAAUUUAAAACCAAUCAGGACUACUUCAUCAUCGCUACAUCAGACGGGACACGUCAGGGACUGGAGAGCAUGAGAGGAGGAGUUUGUGCUACACAGGGCAUGAAGGUGGUGCUGAAAGUGGGACAGAGUCCAUAUGGCCUCCCAGCCAAGCCCCCCAAAGCCGACCCAGCGGGCCGUAUCAACAACCCAAAUCCAGGUGCUGGAAACAACACACAUCCCAAAAUUCCCCCUAGAGAAUCGGGUGGAGAAAAUGGUCCCCUCCCUCCCUCCAACAUUGCCGUUAUCGCGGGUGCAGCUGGAGGUUCUGCCUUCCUCCUUCUCGUCACUGCUGUGAUCUGCGUGGUGUGUUACCGACGACGACAUGCCAAACAUUCCGAGUCGCACCACCCUCCCCUUUCGCUCUCCUCCCUGACAUCGCCCAAACGAGGCUGUGGCGGUGGCGGAGGAGGCGGCAACAACAACGGCUCUGAACCUAGUGACAUCAUCAUCCCGCUGCGGACUUCUGACUCUGCCUACUGCCCGCACUACGAGAAAGUCAGCGGGGACUAUGGCCAUCCAGUCUACAUCGUACAGGAGAUGCCCCCUCAGAGCCCUGCCAACAUCUACUAUAAAGUAUGAGAACCAGAGACGACCUUAACAAGACCACACCAACCUUAAUGACUACCUAAAACCCACCCCUAGCCCCACCCCCGCAGUUCACCAUGUGACUGCGGCAUUCUGAGUCCCUUGUAGAUCAGAUUCUUUUACCUUCACACACAUUUCUCCUACACAGACUGUUUGGGGUCAGGUGUGUGUGUGUUACCAUUCCUCGCAACUCCCCCCAACUUCGGCCUUUUAUUAGAGAGAGGAUGUCCUGAUGUGAGGGCCUCCUUCUCUCUAUCCUCCCACAGGGAGAAGUUCGUAAAGCUAAAGAAGACCUCCUGGAAUGAUUCAGCCAACUGAGUAAACAUGAAAACUCCCUUUAUUGGAGGAAUUCUGAAGCACAAGCAUCAAAACUUUGUCUUUUCUGAUGUACUUGCAAAAGCAAACAAAAUAAACCAACAAAAAAGAAAAGAAAACUCAACUUGUUCAAACCUAGAAAGACUUCAUGUGAACUUGGACUUUUAAUGCUACAUUUACUCACAAAUAGCAGUCUAGUUUGUGUUACUACUCCUCUGUCGAGGGGAGGGGCCAUUGAUUCAGCUAAUCAUUACACAGGGCUGCAGUCACGUGAUCUAGGACCCAUGUAUUUGAUUGGUGGAGUUUUAAUGGCGUGGAGAAUCUUGUAUAUUUUAAUAACGUGUGUAUUUUGUGAGUGUGUAGGAUAAAUAUUCCGAUACUGCUGUCGCACAUGUUGCAACCAGUGUGCUUCAGUAAAACGUUUGUGUGAGUGCGAAUGAGUACAGUGUUAGCGUGAUCAUGGAUAUGCGUGUUUGUUAGACUGUUUUAAAACCAAAACACAAAAUAUGAGUGAACAUCAAAAAAGUGUUUUUAUCAUUUUCAACACAUAGAUUAUAAUUAUAUAUGAAUACUAAGUCAAAUCAUUUUUUGAUUUUUUUUCCCCAUGUAGUUACUGUUCCUUUGCUAGGCCUAAUUUUUAUUAAAAAAAAAAAUACGAUAUGCUGACCUUGUUUCUUCCCCUUUUGAGUUGUAAAUUAAUUUAAUACUUUUAUUCUGUUGCAGAAACUGAGUUUGAUUGGUUUUGUUUCCCCCUCAUUUUCCUCUUUCCCAGGAGUCUCCUCCACUCUACACAUAUAUUUUUAUAGCUCCUUGUACUCUGAUGUAGUUUUGAAGAUAGACCUUGUUUGUGAAUGUGUUGAGGUAGAACAAUCUGAGAGUUGUUUUUUUAUUAUUAUUAUUAUUUUUAAAGGCGCUUUUUUUUUUUAACAAAAAGGGGGGAAAAAAUAGAAAGGAGGGAAGAAUUCGAGGGGGUGAAUUAAAAAAUAAUGCAUACUCCGCCUGUUGGGAAAGAAAACGAAUGAGCAAGGAAACUUCUAGAAAGACUAUGAAAGAAUUGCACAUUAAAAUAAAAAAUAGGGGUAGGAGGUGGGGGGGAGAAGAAAAGUUGUUUGAAGGAGGAUAGAGAGAGAGAGUGUUGCGAAGGAGAGAGGGAUGGAGAGAGAUAGGAAAGGUUUUUAAUAAACUCUUGGAAGAGCUCGUCUGAAACGGUGGAGGAGGCAGAUGUGAGCACGGCGGUGUUCUGAGGUAGAGAGACAGACGGAUGAGGGGAAGAAAAAAACUCAUUCUCUCUGAUGGACAACAGGAUAGAUGGACUCACAGAAUUACUCUCUUACAGACACACAGUGCUCUUUUUUUGUUCAUGCAAAGUGAAGUGGAAAUAUUUCAAGUCUCAUUUCAAAUUCUUGAGAAUCUCCGAACACGUCUCAAUAUAAUGCAGAUGUGAGCAUACAUACACACUCGGAGAAUGACUCAAUGGCCGUGGCACACAAAAAAAGCUCUUGUAAAGAGAAACAGUCAAACGCACAGACCGAAUACACAGUCAAAAGCCAUUCUGAUUGGCCAUAUAUGCUAGUUACCUCAACAAAUAGAGUCUGAUUAGCAUUACCCUUAAUUUCACACUUAAAAUAUCUCUCUUUCUUUCACACACACACACACACACACACACACACACACACACACACACACACACACACACACACACACACAAUCAUGCAGCUCUGUAACAAACUGUGUGCAUCUCUGUUAGUGCCAAUCUCUCUUAAGCCCAAAACACACUCUACACAAGUACAUGAACACAAACACGUCCAGCACCGCUAGCUCGAUUUCAUGCAUUGUUGCAUUCUGAAUGUUUCUUUAUGAGUUGCAUUCUCAGUGUGGCCACUACUAUAGCAGGCAUUAGCAUAACAAAUAUCUCCUUCUAUGGUUGGUUGUGUCUUUCAGGUCAGUUGUUUUGGUUGAGCAGCAGUUGUUAGCUUCCCAAAUAAUAACACAUAAAUUUCAUUACCACCGCAGAAUGCAAGUUAUGUAUGUACAAUGGGACUGCGCAUUUGUAUCGGCCAAACAUUUGCGUCUCCAUUUCUGUACGUGCAGAAAGUACGUUUCUUGCCUUAAGAGUGUUCUGUUACACUGCCAUUGUCACAGUGUGUGUAAAGGAAUGUUAGACGGUAGCUAUGAAAUACACUGCAUACACACUCAAAAAUAACAAGCCAUUCAUACACAAAUAUGUUGGUAGUCUUUGCAGAUGUGUUUUGUGACUGAUGCUGAGUCUGAACAAUCUGUUACUGUUAUCAAUCUGCCUAUAAAGCCUAAUUAUCUGUCUUUCAAAAACAUUUCAUUUUGUAUCACUUUGCUGUGGAAAAACUAUGUUUUCCUGUCACAUUGAUGUUUUCUCUUACACAACAAUUGGAUUUUGUUACUUCAAUAUCAAGUUGCCUAAUGUGGAGGUGUUACGUUUGUUCAGCACUGUUGUAUUUGUGGGCUGUUUCAUACAUAUUUAAGCGUUCAAUUUUGGUUCUUUCCGAAUUAUGUUAAAGAUACUAAAAGAAUCCAUGAAAGCCAUGUCUCUGACCCUGUGCACAUGGACUUGAAUACGUGUGCGUAUGUGUGCAGAUGUGUGUGUGUGUGUGUGUGUGUUUGUGGGUAUGUCCAAAACACACAACUGAGAUGCCGUGGACAUCGUUCAAUGACAGACCGACGUGGAGGGGAGUGUUUGCAGGUGCUGUUGAGUUUGGAUGAAACAGCUACAUCACAGAAGACACAUGAGGACACACAAACACACUCUGCCCACCAUCAUCCCUAUUUUGGGUCUUGUUUAUCGAACAUCUGGCCUCAGAAAGGUCUUUUCCAUUGAACAGUUCUUUGUGCACUUGCUUUCGCCAUGAAUGCUGGGACUAGUAUACUGUACGCAGACAAAAGCGGGGGACGAACCACAAAGUGUGUAUUUUUUAGAGAACGCUUCAGUGUGUGUACGUGUUUCUCUGUGCCAAUAGCCAGUGGGUGGUGGCCAUUUUAAAGAGCUCCAUUCCUCUCCAGUGAUGUGUUCAGAUGUUUGUAAAACACCAUGUUUGUGUGCAAUGUUUUCUUUUCUGUGUCCAUUCCUCCAUCUUCCUCCCUCCCCGCUCUCUUGAUUUCCCUCCUGCAUUCAUGCCAUUUAAAAGGGUUAAACAACUAAUACAUUCCUUUGAAGAAAUGUUGAUUAAAACACACACACACACAAAAAAUGUUUAAGCUGCAUUCUUUGAUCUUUCAAGUGCUCUUUAUAUUUGCUUGUGUUUGUAUGCAUAGAAUUACACUGAUCAGGAACAACAUUAAAACCACCCACCUAAUAUUGU